UUUAUAAUAAAGCAAAAGCAAAGAAUAAAAAAGGCUACUAAAUGAAUGAAAGAAGAAGGAAAGAGAAGGAAACAUAUGCAAAGCUCCUUAACCCCACAUCUCUAUAAGAAUUCUUUGAGAAAAUGGACUCAAAGUUUCUUCAACCUCAUCUGAGAAAGCAAACAGGACUUUGAAAGGCUUUAUCAAAGAGGUUGUAAGGGUGUUUAAACAAGGAAAGAUGACAAAGUAGUGAAGAAAGAAAGUGAAAGAAAAUAAAAGAAAAGAAAAGGAAAGGAAAGGGAAAGGAAGAAAUUAUAAUUUUAUUUUUAUAUGCGUCUUUUUCUGAAGGGAAACAAGAGUUUGAUGUUUGUUUGUUGCAGAGAGAUAAAGAGAGCUAUACUCGUAUCAGUGCCAAGCUAAUGAUGGCAGGAAACCCUAGACGGUGGAGCAUGCAUCCACCUUCACACCUUCAACCUUCUGCUUUCUUAUCUUCUUCUUCAUCUCUCUUCCCUUCUCCUUACGUUCUUGGAUCUUCUUCUUCUUCUUCUUCCUCGUCUUCUUCUUCACUCCCUUUCAAUUCUUUUCCUGAUCAUAACCAAGAGCUUCCUCAGUCAUGGAGCCAACUACUUUUGGGUGGUUUGUCAGCAGAAGAAGAAGAUAGGUUUGGACUGAAUCAUUUUCAGCCCAAAAAAUUAGAAAACUGGGAAGACCAAAUCUUGAAUCCAUAUCAUCCAAGAGUUCCUGCAGUUGCUGAUGUGAAACAAGAAGUUGCUCAAAAUAGCAAUUUGUAUGGUCAUGGUGAUGAAGAAUUUCAGCCUCUUGGACCUACUUGGUCACAACAAGUCAUGCCAGUUUCCUCUCCUAGGUCUUGUGUAACAAGUCUAAGUAGUAACAUUCUUGACUUCUCUUAUAACAAGGCAGACGGAAGGAGUCAACAUCUAGAUCAAUCAUCUGAGUGUAAUAGCACCGCCACCGGUGGGGUUAAGAAGCCUAGGGUUCAACCGCCCUCUUCAAGCCAACCACCUCUAAAGGUAAGGAAGGAGAAGCUGGGUGAUAGAAUCACUGCCCUUCACCAACUAGUUUCCCCAUUUGGAAAGACUGACACGGGUUCUGUCUUGUUAGAAGCUAUUGGAUAUAUCAGAUUCCUUCAGGGUCAAAUUGAGGCCCUUAGCUCUCCUUACUUGGUCACUGCAUCAUCAAACAUGAGGAACCAACAGUCUCUUCAAGGAGAAAGGAAUUGUGUAUUUCCUGAAGACCCAGGUCAGUUGUUGAAUGACAUCUGCCAGAAAAGAAAAGGAGGUUCUAACCAGGAUUGCCAAGAUAAGCCAAAGGACUUGAGGAGUAGAGGGUUGUGCUUGGUUCCUGUGUCUUGCACUCAGCAUGUUGGAAGUGACAAUGGUGCUGACUACUGGGCUCCGGGCGGGUUUUGACUAUGCUGUGGCCAGUUUUUUUGGAUCUUUUGAUUGAAUGAUAUAAUAUCAUGAGCAGUCAAUCUGCUGCAAUUCAAGGCUGAUUGCUCAUGAUGCUAUGCAUUCUAAAUAUUGCAACUCCAUAUGCAUGCCUCCAUUAUUAUUCCUGUAUUAUCUAAGUGAACUAAGAUUUUUAUCUCGUCUCUUGAUGUUUUAUUUAUUUUUCUUUGUAUUAUAGAGCUUCAUGUCUCUCUGAAGCUCAAUUUAGUAUUAAUUUUUGUUAAUCUUAAGAUGCUUAUUUAGAA